AGAGGUGCUUUAUAAAGGACCCGGAGCGCACGGGCUCUCGCCGCCGGUUUAGGGGUACUGUCCGUGGCUCGUGGUGCUGAAAGCGCGGUGCAGUCAUGUGGUCAGUAUUGUUCGUCUUCCUGUCCUACCUGGACAGAAACUUUGUGAGAGGCGAAUUCCUCAGCCCCUUUCUCGCAGCAGCGGAGAAGGACAGCAACGGGUUAUAUUACAUGCUCAACGGUACUUUCUGCACAAAGCGGUCCAGCAUUGAGUCCGCGGACGGGUUUAUGCAGCUGCACGAGGUGUCUGACGGCGUUGAAGAGGUCAGGUCCGUGCGCGACCGGGAGGGCGUGCUGGUCGACUGCUCGAUCAUCCGCAACCAGAUCGAGGUGAAGUCGUUCAUGCACCUGUGCAGGCUCGGACUCAGCGGUCAGAGGCACAGCAGAAGACCCGGGGACGAAGCGGAGGAAGAGGCGAGUUCCGUUGAUGUUGCCACAGCCAAAUCGGAUUGUCUGGCAUUGCUCCAGGUCAAAGGCAGGCGCAAAAGCCCAAACACAUCCCCUCCGCCCCUGCAAGAAAAGGACAAAGGGACAGAAGGACAUGUAAAUGAAGAGAAGGAGCCCGGCAAGAGCCUCCACCGGACGAAACGGGGUUUCACCUACCCGGGUACUCUGUGGUGCGGAGCUGGUAACAACGCCGAGCACUAUGAUGAUUUGGGUGAGUUUGCAGAAACGGACAAGUGCUGCCGCGUGCACGACCACUGCCAGCACACCAUCCAGCCUUUUACCUCCAACUAUGGCUACAGGAACUACAGGUGGUACAUGAUCUGCCACUGUGACUGCGACAACGCGCUGAAGGAAUGCUUGAAGGAAGUCAAUGACACCGCCUCCAGAGUGGUUGGCCAGGCUUUCUUUAACGUGAUUGAGGUGCCAUGCUUUGUAUUCAGAUACGAAGAGCAGUGUGUCGAACGCGUGUGGUAUGGAUGGUGUAAUAAAUACGACUUGGUGCCGGUUGCAGAACCGAAGUCAUCAGUUCCCUACGACUUCGGCAGCGUUGACGUGAUCGACGAACUUACACUGCCACCUCCGGUGCAAGGGAAAUAUGAAGAAAAUACAAAACACAGCACACCAGACUCACCCACCGCUAGUACCACUGUGAACACGAAGAACGCUGGCCCAACCAGGCCAAGCACCAGCACGGAGACGCCGGAACAGCCAUCGCUAGGCAACGUUGUCACAGCAGCGGAAGACUUUAUCAAAGUGCUGGCCACCGUUUCCACCUCCCACACAAGCUCAACUGAGCCUGCCAAGAAAGACACGGCUAAGGCUGACAAGAAGACAAAGAAAAAGAAGAAGAAAGCAAAGAAAAACAAGAAAAAUAAAGGGAAGGGACUGAAAAGGAAGAACAAACUUCAGAAUCGUUUUGGAAACCAGGAAGCCGUGGCAGUUACCCCUAGCGCGGUGGGAGAGGUGAAACUUGGAAGAGUCGACAUCUUUGUGGGAGAGGACAAGGGAAACUUCAACACAGACCUCGCAAAUGAACUGGCAGGGAGCGAGUUGGACCUGGGUGGGAAACCAGACCCCUUUAAUGAGGUGUUGAACGACGAGCCCCCGAAGGCAGCAGAGACCACCGCCCCGGAUCACAAGGAAGGGGUGGUCAAAGUUAAAAACAACUUCAGGUCAGAGCCGCGCACCGAGCCUGCUUCCGAGCCAGUAAAAAGGAAGAGGCUCGGGCGGAAAGGUAGAAAGAGAGUCAAAACCCGAGUUCUUCCUCCACCCACACGCCACUCCGCUUUUGGAAACCCUACCCGGGUAUAUAUGUCCCUUAUCUAGGCGCAAUGAGCCCGCGGUAGCUUGGUUUCCCUUGGAAGACUGCUAUGAUGUCACGACAGCUAGUCAUGUACUGAGGCGUUCUUGAAGAGUAAACUGAGAUACCGGCGAUCUCUAGUUGUUCUUUUUUUUCCGGUAGUUAAUGACAUUUAUUAUCUUCUGCAAACAAUAAUAAAAACAGCAUUGCAUAUAAAUAA